GGGCCAAACUAGAAGGGCUUUUAUCAUUGGGAUUGGGCGUUAUAGUUGCCACAAUUCGACGUUACAGGAGCAGUUAUGAGUACCUCAAUAGCUCACCCAAGUAAACGCCCAACGAUUCAGGUCUAUAUCUCUGGCAACCGCCAGUUCCACACUUUUGUCGUCCACAAAGACGUUCUUGUCCGAUCCUCCCCCAAAUGGCGGAAUACCCUAGCUACACGACCCGACGCCAAAGACAUCAUUAUAGAGAAUGUAGACCCAACUAUAUUUAACAUAUACGUGCAAUGGAUAUAUUCGAGAAAUGACGAAAUCACCACACUUCGGACAGAUUCUGCCGCUUGUCUCACCGACGCUUACCUUCUCGGCGUGAAAUUAGGCGACAAGGGAUUCCAGAAAUUCGCAUCGAAUAAGCUCUUGGAUUUCUUCACAACCCACAGAAUAGUUCCGGGCGUGAGAUUCGUUAAUAUAUUCUACGAAUUAUCAAAGCCUGGAUCGGCGGAACGCCUCGCCGUGCUGGAUUUGUGGGUCGAGUCAAGGCAUGACGCUGGGAAAAAGAUAAAGAGCUGCGUUGAAGAUGUACACCGGGAAUUCAGGGCAGAUUUUGUGAAGGCUCUUUCUGUUCAAACAGAAGGGCCUGUCAAAGAUCAGCCGUGGGUGUCUCAGCCGGACAUAUUUCAUAUGGAUGCACUCAAGGCCAAAGAGGACGUUAAGGCGAUCUGA